AUGAAGUUCAAUCUCAUCAUCAUAGGCACCCUCGCCAUUGGGCAGGGACUUGCUGCUGACUACAACCUUCACGCAACCUACACGGAUGAGUUGGUCAACGUAGGCAACCUUGAUUCAUUCUGGAGCGUCUGGAACCGCAUGUACGAUGUGUCCGACGACAAGGGCGGCCUCUCCGACCACACCACUUGGCAGUACACCGGCAACUGCAACUCCGGGUACGACAAGCCCAAGACAUCUGUUCGAGUUCAGCUCGAUGGCCAAUGGGGAACAGUUGGCAAAGCCAGUGGUUGGCAAAUGCGCGAUGCGCUCAUCCAAGCUAUGUGGGCAACUGUUCAGGCAGCUGGUCAGCAGAACCAGUACCCGGUCUACACCGACUGCAGUGGCUUUACCUGGCAGGAAUCUACUCCCAACAACAAGAAUGCUGCUUGCGGUCGGGCUACCACUAAGAAGGUCUACUGCCCUUGCGAGUACAUGGUUGAGUGCCAAAAGUUCAGCUGGGGUCGCAAGCUCCCGUCUCAGGUCCGCAUCAACGUCUACAACAGGGACGGGUCUCUCCGUGCGGACAUGUACCAGAUCAAAAUUGGCGCCCAGACCUUGAGGGGCGAGAGUGGUUGUGGAAAGGCUGGCGCCAUUGCUGAGGUCCUGGCUAGCUUCGUUCCCGGUGUUGGCCAGUACUUCGACAAAGGUGCUAUGAGCCCUUUGUAUAAGUAG